AUGCAUCAAUGCUCCGCCUGUCAUACUAAGAUUAAGGACUCUGAAUGCAUGCAAUGUUGUGUCUGUGUGGCAUACUAUCAUUGCAUAUGUGUCGCCAUUUCGCCUGCUCAGCUUAAAAACCUAUCGACUGAAGUUAAGGCAGAUUGGCUGUGCCCUGAAUGUAAGAAUAAAAAGCCGCGCAGCGAUAACUCUAAUACACCGGUCCGGCCAUCGACGCCCAGUAACCCCAAAGCUAACGUUACCUUGCGCCGUAAAGGCCCGGAUUCACUCCUUGAGUCAGACGCCGGUACGAGUUUUAAUGUAUCACGGUCGGAGUUGCGUGUUAUUAUACAGGAGGAGAUGAGGGUCAUCAUGGAAGAAUGCGUGAGAGAUUUGAAAGCUGACCUGAAUAGACAACUACAGGCUUUUAGGGGAGAGAUCACUGGUCUCACGGAAUCAAUACAAUUCAUGAGUGAUUCGUUUGAGCAAUGUAAAAAGGAUUUGAGUGGCUGUAAGACUAAAAUUGACACAAUUAUUAAGGAAAAGGAAACCCUACAGAGUGAUCUUAUCAUCAUUACUAGCCGUCUUAAUCAAAUGGAGCAAAUCUCUCGGGCAUCGAACCUGGAAAUCCAAUGUGUUCCAGAGCGCUUAUAUUAUAAUAUACAAUGUCGUUCAAACGUAGCUCAGUGUUCCCUCGAAGCCGGGACCGUGGACAUGUUACUAACAUUAACGAUCGCGCGACGCCCACAUAAUGAAACGAUGCACCGAGUCGAAUCGUAA